AUGACUGAUGAGUAUUGUCAGGACUGGAAUAACAAAUGGAAUGAAUUAUAUAAGAGAGCAUAUGAGGUUGUUGAUCAAAUAGUGCCAAGAGGUUAGAUAAAUGGGGUGUUUUGGGUAUAAAUCAUAGAUAAAGUACUUAUGAGAGAUGUAUUUUGUGGAAAUUAUGACAGCAGAACAGGUAGAGUUUAUGUUUAAUGGAUUGAAAAGCUGAAACAGAUAUAAAGUCUUAUAGAGGGGUUCAGGAAGGUUGGAAGAGCGGAUUAAAUUCAAGAUAUUGAGCCAGAGUACUUCAAGUAUUCCGAAGAAUUAGAGAAGCUUUUGACUCUUACUAGACAUAGUGACAUGUUUAAAGAGGAUGUUUUGGGUGAAAAAAUAUCUAAAUAAAUAGGAUGCCAACUAUAAGAUGCUGUAUUUUAAAAUCCAAAUCUGUCUAGUCUAAUGGAUCAUAAACAAAGUAGGGGGAUGAGAGGUAGUUUCCAUGAUACUUAAGAGGCAAAUCAAUAAAGCAUAAAUCCAAAGAAAUCAAUUGAGGAUAUUCUCUAAAUGUUCUAUCAAAACUAGAUCAAGUAAAAAUAGAAUAAGAGAUAUACCCAAUAAAAAUAGACUUCAGUAACUAGGUCGACAGCAAAUAACAUAUCAUAAUCAGCAGAUAAGUUUUCCAUGACAUUUUAAAACCCCAAUUCCUCAACAAUCUUAAAUACAUCAAGAUCUACCUACAGUAAGAAUACUGUCAUUCCAUGGAAAUUCGCGUUGGACUCAAGACAUGGAAAAUCCUAAAUCACUGAUGAGAAUAUUAAAAGUAGUAAGAAAUUGAUUUAUGAUGUGCAGGAUAUUAGCAAUGACAUUGACCAAAACUAAGUUAUGUUGAGACUUUGCUAGUAAGUUGCUCUCAAGGAUGAGGAAAAGGGAUUAAAUAUUGAUGCUUUUGAUCUUCUAGAUUAAGCCUAAAAAUAUAAUGAAGAUAUUAAAGCACUUAAAAGGAAAAAGCAUGCGAUGAUAAAUAUUAUCUAAGAUAAGAGAAAAAGUACAGAUUAGGCUAAGAGGUAGAUGACUCCUCUAGGAACUCGUGGUAUGUCUUAUAUAAAGAAUGUGCUUUGA